CCUUUGCUGGUGCUGUGCUGUAGCAGCACUUACUGGAGGCAAACAGGACAAACGCCUCCUUGGCUGUGUCCUCACUGAUAGAUGGAAUACUGUAAGUAGUGUGAGAAUGAGAUAGAUUAUUGCAUGGGGUCUUAAAAUUAAGAGGAAGUGAGGAAGUGCUUAGCUUGCUAUUACUGUAUAUUUUAACUGAAAGUCUUUUGCAAGGCUUCUCAUGCGUGAACAAAAAGAAACGGUUAGAGACUUACUUCCAACUUGGUUGUUGGGGUAAAGGUUCAGGCGGAGCAGCUGGGAAAGUAGGCAUUGGAGGAGGAAGAAAUCCACCUUUGACAGACAUGACAGUAUCAUCAGUUUAUCCUAGGAGCAUUAGUUCCAGUCUUGAUCAUACAGUAUUAUGUACUCAGCGGUCAUUCCUUUUGGCAUGCUUUUGAAAUUGUAUACAACAUGCAUUCCCAGAUUAUGAAUAUUGAGGAGUGUUGGUGGUGUUUUGCUGAAUAAAUUCACAAACACAUGAGGGUAAGAUGGCCUAUUAGAAGCACAGAAUUCUUAACCCUAGAACACUAUAUGCAGGUGAUUUUACACGACUAAACAUGUUUAGGUGAUUUUCAUUAUGCUGCGUUUGUCUGAGUAUCAUGGGUCCCUGGGUAGCUUCAGCAUUGCCUUUGACAUCUUUGAAGACAUAUUUAUUUCCCUGAUCCAACACCUGCUUUUUCCUACAGGCACGUGUUUAGGUGAUUUUCACCCAGCAAUAGUGAUAGAGGGUAAGUGGGUUUGGGUGGAUUUGAUAGCUGCAUGUAGGGAAUAAGGUCAGUAAGAGUGGCCCUAGAAUUUGCAUGCUUUCUUUAUUUAGUGCAGUGGUUAUGAACAACUAUCAUAAAGUAGUGAUUUUUCAGGGAAUUCAUAUGGUGAUAAGAAACAUUUUAGACAGCUGGUCAUAUUUACCCACUCAAAAUAUGCCAUAUUUUGGUUCUCUCUACACUCUCAAAUGGAUGGAAAAGAAAUUAUAUAUAUAUAUGUCGGAAUUUUUUGUUCAUGAAUGCCUAACUUCAGUUAUUUUGUUGCAUUUUUAUGUGGUCCCUCAUGGUACUUUCUUUCUCUCUCUUUGAACACUGCACAGUUGAAAAUGGAGGAAAACUACUUCAAUUUAUCAUGUACUGUCUUGUUUUGAUAUAUUUUGAUGACAAGUACUUUUCCUGGGUAUAUUAUUCCGGGUAAAAAUCUCCUGGCGAUGGUGAUGGUGUUACUAUUUUUAGCUUUAGUGUCCAAGGGUUAAGGAGGGGUGUCGAAAAACACUAAAGAAUGCAUGCAAUAUGUGGUUUACCUCCUCCUCCCGCCACUGUUCCUUCGUAGCCAGGCACACUGUCAAACAUGCUGGCCGGAGGAGCGCUGGGGCCCUGGGAGUCAGCUGCGGGUGGGGCGAACAGCGCUGAAAGAAAACCAGAAGAACCAGUUUCAGUCAUGAGGACAACUCUAGCUUUUCACAAGUUGAAUCUAAUUCACUUUUCAUGCACAAUACAAAAAUCCAGUUUAAGAUACAGCACACAAUUAAAACCUAGAUUUCAUAGCUGUACCUUUUCCUAAACUCAGACAGAAUCCUUGUAAUUAUCUGAUGUAUAGCUGUCAAUACAUGAAAACACAGGAGGACAUAGUCGCGAGUGACUGAGGAACUUACCUUGCGCCUCCAUGUUAUUACCCGCGUUUCCAAACAUCGUAAGAUGUUUUACAGCUACACUAAAAACUCACAGACAGAAAAAAGCUGUCCCCCGAAGGCUCUAACUCCUAUAGAUCUGUAGUAGGGCUGAAAAAACCCACAGCGUCUUCGAGACGUGACACCUCACUUAACCUGCACGUCGAAAUGACGUCACUGCUCGGCACGCUGAACCGUGUAACGGGAGAGUGUAUUUUUAACUCCGUUAACCAACCACAAAUAUGUCUUUAAAACGGGUUAAUUUUGUUUUUAAAAGUUGAUAGGACAAAUUUAUUGAUCUUACCAGGUCCUCCUGCUGCCGCGGGGACAUACCCGGGGUUCGCUAUUCCGUAGCCUGGGUUGUUGUGGCUGCAAAAGAGGAACGAAAGAAAAGGAAAGUUAAGGCCACUGAGAUUUUUACUUAAAAAAAAUUAGCCUAGAAGUCAAAUCGCAAACUUAAAUGACCCUUACUUCAUUAUAGGCUGACGCUCCAUCAAACACAGACAAUCAACUUGUGAUAAGAAAGGACUGAACUGAUCAAGCUCUCCUCCGUGAUCUGAUCACGUCCUGGAUGUCGAUUACCAAUGAUCAUGUGACAUUAAGCUGAUGAUUUACCUUUUAUCAUACUCCACCCCCGUGUAAUGCAUGGUCAGUCAGCAGGUACAGCCUCCUCUCAAACAAACAGGAGCCAAACUACACUUUAUAUUGUGGGUCGUGGUUCAGCUCAAGUGUUUGCGCAGUAAAGAGUUGGUAUUGUGGGGGGAAAGGAACUUGAUAACUCGGGGAAUGUGCUGAAACUCCCCCGACCUCCCUCGAAAAAAUGUUCAGGAAGUGCGCACAUUGUCAUUCUUGAAAAGUAAACAUGAUGAAAGGUGGGCGUCUGCUUCUGUAUUCACGUUAAAUGAUGAAAAUGUGACAAAAAUAAGCUAUCACAACAACUGACACAAACGUAAGAAAAACUUUUAACGAUUAAACUAAUUAAAGAAACAUUUUUGAGGGUGAGUUUCUGACCAUAGACAUUAUUUAUGUAGACGCCUCAACGCCUGAUGCUGCCUAUUGGAGCUCUCGUCUCAGCGCGGCCGCCAUCUUGGAUGGGUCCCCCGUAUGCCUAAACGCAACCACAGUAAGGGCCAUAAUCUGGAUCUAGGUCUAGUCUGAGGGCCAAACAGGGUCAACAUUUCACCCAAACUGUCAACCUCUAUAUUAAUAAUAACUCUCCAAAUCUCUGCCCGAUUUUCACACUUUUUGGUUUGUUACAACGGCAUGGAUGUAGCCAUAAUACAAAAACAACGUCACACAUUAAAAAUAAAAAAUAAAUAUAUUUUUCAAUCCUAUUUGUGAAAUGUGAUCUACGUGAUCUGGUUUCAAUACUGCGUCAGGUUUUUCAACCACAGAGUGCAAAAAUACGGGCUUAGUUGCUCGUUCUCCAUUGACCCGAACCUAGAGUAGGCACAUCCAAGAUGGCGGUGACGCUAGUUAACCAGAGCAGUGGAUUAAAACAGUGUUUUAAUCCACUGCUCUGUAGUUUACGCUCCAGCACGCAAUGAGGCGUCUACGUAUAUACUGUCUAUGUGACUGACAAGGAAAGCGCCCCGAAUAACUAUACUCUGAAAAAAUACACUACCCAUAAGUCUUUGCAACUCUCGCGGUAGUCCUUUUCUUCCUUUCCGCCGUCGCUGAGGUCCCUUUUGGAUUCACAUCGGCGGGUGAGUUCACCGUAUCUACUGUAAUCCUCACUAAAUGUGAGAUAAUACAAACAUCUUGACAUAGCUUAUCACACUAUUACGUCCACCCAACUUAUGUUUGGUAAAAUUAAGCUCGUAUGUAUCACAUUUGCCGUCCAUAAUAUAUCGUUAAGGACUGGAGUGCUAUUCCUAUGGCGGCUCACCGGCUGCUACAGCUCCGCUUAUUUAACGUGUUACACAUUUCCGUAAAGGCGCAUUGAGACCUGUCAAAUUGAUAAUCAUGAUAUAACAGGUGGUUACAGCCAAAUAGGUUUAGUGUUGAAUUAAUGCGUUUUCCAGAGCAAUACAGUUGAUAACGACAGGCAGUGUAAUGGCUAGCAAACAGGCUAAACACUGACUGCUCAGCUGAAGCUAGCAUGCAAACACGUUUACAGGCUCACUUGGGAUGAUGAUAUUGGAGUGUCUUAAGUUUGGGUGUUUCUUUGGAGGAGUCGUCCCAAAUCAGUCAGCUGUUGAAAUCUCCACACUUGUUGUAAAGCCUUACUCGUGUGUUGUGUGCUCUCGUGCUUUUUGCAGGUGAAGCUAGCACUCCAUGUUGUCAGUGAGCUGUUCAGGCUCUAAAAAUGUUUCAAUUACACUGACUGAUGUGUCCUUUUUUUGCUUAUAGUCAUCAUGGCAGCCCUCAGGCCCCUCACGAAGCCCAAAAUCGUCAAAAAGAGAACCAAGAAGUUCAUUCGCCACCAGUCUGACAGAUAUGUGAAGAUUGCGGUAAGUGUAUUAAAACAAACUGGACAGAGACUGGAUAUCUUCUAAUUUAAAUACACCGUAUUUGACCUUCAGGUGAUUAAUUGUCCAAUCAUGUCUGUGUUUCUGGCAGAAAAAUUGGCGUAAGCCCAGAGGUAUUGACAACAGGGUUCGCAGGCGGUUUAAGGGUCAGAUGCUGAUGCCCAACAUCGGUUAUGGUAGCAACAAGAAGACCAAGUACAUGCUGCCCUCCGGUUUCAAGAAGUUCCUGGUGCACAAUGUCAAGGAACUUGAGGUCCUGAUGAUGAGCAACAAGUAAGUUUUCUCCAUACACUGUUCAACACACAUGUCAAUCUUUCUCAGGGUCUGCUAUAUUUGCAGAGAUUUUGAGAAACGUGAAGACUGUGAAGACUGUCAAGUGAAAAAUGAGGCCACUCUUGAUAAUUGAGCAGGGAUAUCCUUUAAAACCUUCUUUUAAACAUUUUUAAUGGGGAUUUUUAAUUUUUUAACUUUUAUUUAACCAGGUAAAGACCUGCUGAGAUCAAUACUAAAUGAUGAUAAAUGCAUAAUAAAUGAUAAUAAAGAAGAAGAAAAAAAUUGUGAUAAAAGUUGAGUGCAUUCCAGUUAUUGGGGAUGCUUGGCAAAGACUGGUGAGUUAAAAAGAACAUCUUGUGCUGGAUGUUCAUUAUGUUUUUAUGUUAAACACUGGCUUUAAAAUCUGAAACUGACAAACCCGAUCCAAAAUUAAUGUCUACAUCAGAACUGAUCAGCUUUCUUUUUGAUUCAAAUAAAGUUGCGAGAGUGUUUGAGGAGGGAUGUUUGCAAUGAGUAUUCACUUACAAACAUAUGUGCUCCAUGGCACUGCUACUGUUGAUAAUGGCAGAAGGGUGAGACAUUUUCAUAAAUUGUAGUUUUGUUGAAAUUUUUACAUGUCUUCAGCACUCGAAAUGUGCUUCCUUUGUUAUUCCUGUAUUGUCAAUACUUUGUUUUUAACUUUAAAAUGCCUACUGAGUCAAUGAAAUUCAAUUGGUAUGGUUGCACUAAAAAUCACACUGCUCAUUUCCAUGAAGAAGGCAAAGCUGUGGGUUCGAUGUUGCAUUUGUAUUCUCUGUAUUUGUGUGAUGAAAUGGGAAAGAAGGGGAUAAGGAUUUAUGAUGGAUGGCUACUGUAAGGACAGGGUAGGUGACACCGGUGGUUAAGUUGGUUUGGGUAAUUUUGGGAACAGUCUUGGUGAGCAGUGGGAUAUCAAAUGUGACCCACCUCCUUUGCAACCCUAUUUUUCUUAUAGCUACUUUAGUAUUUUCUAUAAACACUGAUGCUUAGAGAGGGACUGGUUAAUUUCAGCCUGUUAAGAUGCGAUUAAUGUUCUGCCUCCAUGGACAAAACAAAGGAUCCCAAACAUCACCUUGGACCCGGGUUUGAUGAUCUAGAAAAAAAUAUUUCCAGAUUAAUUUUCAUUUUGUUGUGAAGUUAUGAUGCAUGUAUGUGCUCAGUGUCUGUAAAAUUUUAGGGACAUUUUCCUGUCAUUAACACUUUUGUGUUUGUGUUUCUGCAGGACUCACUGCGCUGAGAUUGCCCACAAUGUCUCCUCCAAGAACAGGAAGGUGAUUGUGGAGAGGGCAGCUCAGCUGGCCAUCAAGAUCACAAAUCCCAACGCCAGGCUCAGGAGUGAGGAGAAUGAAUAAACUGGUUAUUCACAAUAAACACUUUAAAAUUGAAUCCUGCUUGUGAGUCAUUUUUGUACACAUGCUGCUUGUUG